AUGUUGGUCAGGGAGGACAUGUGUGUCAGCGCAAGUCCAGUGGACCGCGAGGAGUGUGUCAGCCUGCCGCGGGUGCCAGCGUCGACCAUCGACGUCACCAUUGCAGAGGCCGAGGAAACCCCUCUGCGAGAACUUCUCGAGCAAGGUUGCGACGAGGAGAUCCUUGCCCUGAAGAAUGGCACCCGGGCCUCCGCCGACGCAUGCGUCAAGUCCCUCGUCUGGGACGACGUUGCAGCCAGAGUCAAAGCGCUCUGUGCCUUCGACUUUGACCUGGGCGCGGACAAGUGCAUCGUCACAGACGGCGUGAAUUUGAUCACCGGUAAGAUGGCGGUGUGGCGCUAUCCUUGCCACAGCCCUCGGGACAUGUGCGUUCUUGAGGGCGUGGAGCCGCCCAGCGAUUACUCGGGCCCAUUGCCACGCACCUCCAUUCUCCUCAGCCGCAAGGGCUUGCUGAACACAGCAAUGGCUGGCGGUGGCUCGUCUGGUUCAAGUCAACUGAUUGACGGUGAUAUCGAUGGAGAUGACAACGAGCUCACGAAGCAAAAGAAGCUCGUUGAGUUCUUGGAGCUCUUCCAGCCAUACGUUGAUGCCUACAAAUGGGAGGCGCUCUCAGUCAAGGCCUUGACCGGCCUCAACCCUUACGAGACCGAGUGGCCGAUUUGCGCAGACCGUUGCCUCUUGUCUGGUUUGGAAGGUGCCUCUUUUGUGGAGUUUUGCGCGCAGCAGGUCACGCGGAGUGUCAAGGGCAUUGUCGCAAACAUGAGCGGCCGUGCAACGGCAAUCGCCCUGGAGAGCAAGAACGACAAGGACUUGGAAGUGGCCUUGAUUUUCACGGUCCUGGCGCAUGCUGUGAUGGACGCGCACAAGAGGUACAGGUGCGAGGACUUCAUUGAUAACGCGAAAUACUUCAUCAAGGCCCUGAGGGUGAAGGAGAAAGUGCAGGCUGAGCAGAUGUUUUGCGGGUUCAAUGUCGGCGGCGUCAUCAAGGCUGAAGAGGAGGCCGAGAAGCUGCUUGCAACCUUGGAGUCCCUCACGGCAAACCUGCCGGCCGAUGAGGGGAGCAGCCCGGUGCUCCUCGAUCCGACCCUGGGUCGCCGCGCCGACGGCAUCAUCGUGCCUACGCAGGUGAACUACGUCGGCAAGGGCGGAAAUCUCUACGAGACCGGCUACGAGUUCCAUGGAUCUGCUUUGGUAGUGUCCAAGCUGCUGGGAGCCACCUACCUCUGGGACAAGGUCCGCGUGAGCGGAGGCGCCUACGGCGGCCUCUGCCGCUUCGACCCGAGGAGUGGCGACUUCAAGUACCUGUCUUACCGGGAUCCAAACCUCGGCAAGACGCUGGAGGCCUAUGACGGAGCCCCAGCCUUCCUGAAGGAUCUCGAUCUCGGCGAGGACGAGCUGACGAAGGCCAUCAUCGGCUGCAUGGGAGACAUCGAUGCUUACCUGCUGCCGGAUGCCAAGGGCUACCAGUCGAUGCUGCGCUACCUCCUGGAAGAGGACGACACCUACCGGCAGAGGGUUCGAGACGAGAUCUUGGGCACCAAGGUGGAGGACUUCCGCAGCUUUGCCGCAUCCCUGGAGCCUGUGGUGGAGAAGGGCGGAAUCUGCGUCGUCGGCUCGGCUGAGGUCCAGUUUGGUAGCUAUGGCAGCAUCUGGUCGGUCUUUGCCCUCGCCGACAGCAGGCGCUGGAAGCAGCCCAACGGGGAGCCUGCUUGCCUGGCCUCAAGUGGCUGUGGCCUCACCGUUCGCUUGGCACGGCUUCUUGCCGAGGUGGACCAGUGGCUUCAGGAGACGCGUGAGAGGCGUGCAGCUGAGAUUCGGGCUCUGGCACAGCUGGACUGGCCGGCAGCUGAAGGCCCCUACGGUGAUCUUUUGAGUCCGGAUGUCUGA